UCUGUUGUCAUUAGGAGAAGGCCCGUCAGGGCUCUUUUCUCUGCCUCACAAAACCCAUCAAACUGGCGAUGUCGCGAGUACCAAGUCCCCCUCCCCCGGCUGAGAUGUCCACUGGCCCUGUGGCUGAAAGCUGGUGUUACACACAGAUCAAAGUCGUAAAGUUUUCCUACAUGUGGACUAUCAAUAACUUUAGUUUCUGCCGAGAGGAGAUGGGGGAGGUGAUCAAAAGCUCCACUUUCUCCUCGGGAGCCAAUGAUAAGCUCAAAUGGUGCCUCCGUGUAAAUCCUAAAGGAUUAGAUGAAGAGAGCAAGGACUAUUUGUCUCUCUACCUGCUGCUGGUCAGCUGUCCAAAGAGUGAGGUGCGCGCCAAAUUCAAAUUCUCCAUCCUUAAUGCUAAGGGUGAAGAAACCAAGGCAAUGGAGAGCCAGCGAGCUUACCGCUUUGUUCAAGGAAAAGACUGGGGCUUUAAGAAGUUCAUUCGCAGAGAUUUCCUGCUCGAUGAGGCCAAUGGCCUUCUUCCGGAUGAUAAGCUGACCUUGUUCUGCGAGGUCAGCGUGGUUCAAGAUUCUGUUAACAUUUCUGGACAGAACACCAUGAACAUGGUGAAGGUACCGGAAUGCCGUCUUGCUGACGAACUCGGAGGAUUAUGGGAGAACUCUCGUUUCACUGACUGCUGCCUAUGUGUUGCUGGGCAGGAAUUCAAAGCACACAAAGCCAUCCUUGCAGCUCGGUCUCCAGUGUUCAGCGCAAUGUUUGAGCAUGAAAUGGAAGAGAGUAAAAAGAAUCGUGUGGAGAUAAAGGAUGUGGAACCCGAUGUUUUCAAGGAAAUGAUGUGUUUCAUAUACACCGGAAAAGCAUCCAACCUAGACAAGAUGGCCGACGAUCUGCUGGCUGCAGCCGAUAAGUACGCCUUGGAACGUCUGAAGGUGAUGUGUGAAGAAGCUCUGUGCAGCAAUCUGUCUGUGGACAACGCCGCUGAGAUCCUUAUUUUGGCUGAUUUACACAGCGCAGACCAGCUUAAAACACAAGCCGUGGACUUCAUCAACUACCACGCCUCUGAUGUCAUGGAAACAUCUGGCUGGAAAUCCAUGGUGGUUUCCCAUCCUCACCUUGUGGCAGAAGCUUACCGUUCGCUGGCCUCUGCCCAGUGCCCUUUCCUGGGCCCUCCUCGCAAGCGCCUGAAGCAGUCUUAAAAAAAUGUUACACAUUGUUUAAAAAAAAAAAAAAAAAUAUGUCCUGGAGCCACUCUCGUCUUUUCCUCAUCGCAUGAGAGACACUGGUGGGAGAGGGAGCGAGAGCGGAGGAUUUGUGAGCUCCCCCACGUCGUGUGUGUUGCCACCCUUCUCUCCUUUGCCAUGUGGCCGGACUGAGCCUUCUGUCUCCCGUAUCCUGUGAGGAGCAGGGAGCAUAAUGAACUUGCCCUCCUUGCAGGCGUUUCCCUGCCAAAACCUUAACCUUAACUUAGAGAGACGCUAUCGACUGUUGCACCAGUUCUCUCUACUGGAGGACUUGGGAGUUCUGACGUUAAAGGGCUGGGAGCUUUCUGCUGCCCUGCGACCCCCCAACUGUUAUUAUUUUCGUUUUUGCUCCUGGACAAUAUGGGGGCUAAAUAUGUGUUUAUACAC